AUGGUUUCCUUCACCUCCAUCGUAACCGCAGCCAUUGCUGCCACCGGCGCCAUGGCCGCCCCCGCCACCGACGUUGCUGCUCGCUCGUCUGGUGACCUCGUUGCUCGCCAGAACACUCCCUCCUCCACUGGCACCCACAACGGCUGCUACUACUCCUGGUGGACCGACAACGGCGCCCAGGCUACCUACACCAACGGUGCUGGCGGAUCCUACAGCGUCAAGUGGGGCUCUGGCGGCAACCUCGUCGGAGGAAAGGGAUGGAACCCUGGAUCUGCCCGUACCAUCACCUACUCUGGUACCUACAGCCCCAACGGCAACUCGUACCUCGCCAUCUACGGCUGGACCCGCAACCCGCUCGUCGAGUACUAUGUCGUUGAGAACUUCGGCACCUACGACCCGUCGUCCAACGCCCAGAACAAGGGCACCGUCACCGCUGAUGGCUCUUCGUACAAGAUUGCUCAGACUACUCGUACCAACCAGCCUUCCAUCGACGGCACCUCGACCUUUCAGCAGUACUGGUCUGUUCGUCAGAACAAGCGCUCCAGCGGUUCUGUCAACAUGAAGACCCACUUCGACGCCUGGACUGCCCAGGGCCUCAAGCUCGGCCAGCACAACUACCAGAUCGUUGCCACCGAGGGUUACUUCUCCACCGGCAGCGCCUCCAUCACUGUCAACUGCCCGUAAGCGCUUGCUCAACGCGGAGCGUACGGCUCAAAACCACAGGCGCCGAACCAUCCCGGAUGCGUUUGAACUCGUCAGGAACGUCGAUGUUGGAUCUUGGUUACAUUCUGUAUAUAUUUCACCCUUUUUAUCAAACCCAGCUUGCUGGUCACAAAUUUAUGUCAAUAUUGCUUGUC